GAUCUUCUCACAAUUUUCUAGUUAUGGUUGGAAUAAGGAACUAACAAGUUGGAUUUAUACAGGAGACCUGCAGAUAUUUGGGUCAGAUAUCUCCUGCUGUCUGGUCAUUUUUGGUUGUCAUUCUAAUUACUGAUCUUCCACACGACUUCUCCAACCGUCUGAUGACUUCUAUAAUAUUUGUUUCACAGCUUGUGAAUCCGGGUGAAGAUCUGAAAAAUAUUAAUCCUACAGAGACAUAUGUGAUGGGUGAUGAGCAGAGUAUAGAGGACAUUCCUACAGAUAACCACCCAGAUGACUGCACCAGGAGCUCAGAUGGACAUGGGAUAUCUUCACAACAUACUAUGCCUCAAGAUGUAUAUGAACAGCAUAUCAUUAUCCCAGAUGUAUCCUCAGACUUUCACAGCAAAGAUCCAUCAUCUGAUUUUUUUCGAUGGAUCCGAUCUUCUGAUUUAUCACAGACUGUUAAGCAAAACAAAGAACACAGAAGGGGUGAACAUCAAAGAUGGGAAAAGCAAAUUUCAUUUUCAGAAUGUGGAAAAAGUUUUAUCCAGAAAUCAGACCUUGUUAAACAUCAGAGAAGUCACGAAGGGCAGAAGCAAUUUUCAUGCUCACACUGUGAGAAAUGUUAUAGCUGCAAAUUAGAUCUUAUUAGACAUCAGAGAAUUCACACAGAGGAGAAGCCAUUUUCAUGUUCAGAAUGUGGGAAAUGUUUUCACCGUAAAUCUAAUUUUGCUAGACAUCAGAGAACUCACACAGGGGAGAAGCCAUUUUCAUGCUCCGAAUGCGAGAAAGGUUUUAAUGCUAAAUCAGAUCUUGUUAGACAUCAGAGAAUUCACACUGGGGUGAAGCUAUUUUCAUGUUUAGAAUGCGGGACAUAUUUUACCCAGAAGAAAGACGUUGUUAUACAUCAGAGAAAUCACACAGGGGAGAAGCCAUUUUCAUGCUCAGAAUGCGAGAAAUGUUUUAAUUAUAAAUCACAUCUUGUUAGACAUCAGAGAAUUCACACAGAGGAGAAGCCAUUUUCAUGUUCAGAAUGCGGAAAAUAUUUUACCCAGAAGCAAGACGUUGUUAUACAUCAGAGAACUCACACAGGGGAGAAGCCAUUUUCAUGCUCAGAAUGCAAGAAAUGUUUUAAUUAUAAAUCACAUCUUGUUAGACAUCAGAAAAUUCACACAGGGGAGAAGCCAUUUUCAUGUUUAGAAUGCGGGAAAUAUUUUACUCAGAAGAAAGACGUUGUUAUACAUCAGAGAACUCACACAGGGGAGAAGCCAUUUUCAUGCUCAGAAUGCGAGAAAUGUUUUAAUUAUAAAUCACAUCUUGUAAGACAUGAGAGAAUUCACACAGAGGAGAAGCCAUUUUCAUGAUCAGAAUGCGGUAAAUAUUUUACCCAGAAGCAAGACGUUGUUAUACAUCAGAGAACUCACAUAGGAGAGAAGCCAUUUUCAUGCUCAGAAUGCGAGAAAUGUUUUUAUAAUAAAUCAGAUCUUGUUAGACAUCAGAGAAUUACACAGGGGCGAGACCAUACUCAUGCUCGGAAUGUGGGAAAUGUUUUAAUCAGAAAACACAUCUUGGUUACCAUCAGAAAACUCAUACAGUUAAAAAGCCAAAGCUCUCAAGUUGCAGUCCAAGCAAGGGAAAUUAAUUUAAAGCACUAAAUGAUUAUUGAGAAAUUUCUGUA